CGGAAAAUAAUAAUUACUUAUAAAAAAAUAAAAAAAAUAAAAAUUUAAAAACCCAACGACUGCAACAACUGGAAGAAGAAAAGGUCUGCUGGUUUCUUUAGCCACUUUACGCAGAGCUGGUGUAGGGGAAAAAUCCCAAUUCUCUGAAAAUGCGCUAAGCGAAUAGAACACCAAACCCCCUCAUCCCAAGCCACCACCUGCUCGAAGAAAUUCCCCACCCAAAAUCCAUGGAGUCGAGCAUCUUGCAAUCGAUCGGCGUCGAGAUCGUCGGCGUCAUGUCACCGGUCUCAAUCUGCAUGCUUCUGGUGGUCCUCCUGGUCUACUCCCUCUCCCCCUCCAAUCCCUUCUCCUCCGCCGCCUCCGCUCCUCCGAUCCGUACCGCCGCUAACCUCGUUUACCUCGAGAGCCCCUCCGACUCCACCACGCAAAAGCUCGAGGGUGCGCUUCUCAACGCCUUGGUGUUUGUGAUUCUGGUCGCCGUCGUCACUUUCCUCCUCGUCGUCCUCUAUUACUACAACUUCACAAACUUCCUCAAGAAUUACAUGCGCUUCUCGGCUUUCUUCGUCUUGGCUACGAUGGGGGGUUCCAUUUUCUUAUCCAUCAUUCAGCAUUUCUCGAUACCCAUUGACUCCAUUACUUGUUUUUUGCUGCUUUUCAACUUCUCCGUGGUGGGUGUCUUGUCGGUUUUCGCGGGUGGGAUACCCAUUAUCUUGAGGCAAAUCUAUAUGGUUUCUCUGGGUAUUUUCGUGGCGGCGUGGUUUACAAAACUGCCCGAAUGGACUACUUGGACUCUGCUCGUGGCUUUGGCUGUCUAUGAUUUGGUGGCGGUUUUGGCACCCGGUGGACCACUCAAGCUGUUGGUGGAGUUGGCUUCGACCAGGGAUGAAGAACUCCCUGCAUUGGUUUAUGAAGCUCGACCGGCGGUCUCUCGAGGAAUGGAGAAUCGUGGGUCGGCAUUGGGACUUUUGGUAGCUGGAGUUUCGGAUUCUGGGUCGGUUGAGCUACAGGCUAUCAAUAUGGAUCGAAAUAGGAAUGAAAACCGAAGUAAUUCUGAGUCCAAUGCUGCCGAAACUGAAAGAUAUAUGCACGAGGAAGGGGAAAGCAGUGUAGAUUUAGGCGAGAGGUCACCUUUGGUGGGAAAUGCCCAAAGGAGGCUUUCAUCGAGCAGUGAUUCUUCUGAUUAUUCAACUGUUGUAGUUCAGUCUGAUCGGUCCCGGCAGAUUGGCAGCCGAGAAUUUGAAAAUGCUGUGGAUGAGGAAAUGUCCCCCCUUGUCGAAAUGAUGGGAUUGGGGGAUGAAAGAGAGCUGACAAGCGGUGGUGAUGGCAUGGAAAGGUCAGGUAGAGGUAUUAAACUUGGUCUUGGAGACUUCGUUUUCUACAGUGUACUUGUGGGCAGAGCUGCAAUGUAUGAUCUUAUGACUGUGUAUGCUUGUUACCUUGCCAUAAUUUCGGGACUUGGGUGCACUCUUAUUUUAUUGUCGGUUUGCCGCCGAGCUCUGCCUGCUCUGCCUAUAUCAAUUACAUUGGGUGUAAUUUUUUACUUCUUGACUCGGUUAUUAAUGGAACCUUUUGUUGUUGGGACAGCCACGAAUUUAUUGAUGUUUUGACCAUACAUUCUUCCUAAGAGGAAAAUUACAUUUUGGAGAAAAGAAAUGGUGAUGCUUUUGUUGGCAUUAAUAUAUAUACGAAUGGAAAGGUAUUUUACAUGAA